AUGGAUUGUCUAAGUUAUUCUAGUUGGGAUAGUGGUCCCAAUCAAAUUCAUGGUAUAACAGUUGGAUUGAGCAGUGGUGAUGGUGGACGAGUUGGACAAUCCUAUUUAUUUAAUACGAAUUCAAGUUAUUUUCAAGUAACAGGACUAGUUUUAUUGGGACAAUCAUACAGUCCAUUUUCAUUUGCAAUGUGGUUAAGGCCAAUAACAUCCGUUACAAGUGGUGGUACAAUUCUACAUCUUUCUCAGUAUACCGACGGCACUGGAUGGUGUGCUCAAUUCAUUGGGCUAAAUUCAUUGGGACAGAUAAUCGCCAAUGGAUAUAGUGCAAGUGGUAUGGUUUCAGUCACUGGACCUGUCCUUACAGUUGAUCAAUGGGUUCAUAUCGUUGAAACUUACAGCCAACUUAAUGGAGUACGCCUAUAUGUCAACGGAAUACUCUACGGACAAAGUAGUGCAUUUGUCUAUGCAGCAAGUGGCUCACCCAUGACCGUUACUCUUGGACAGUUUUUGAAUGGAGCGAGCUGUGAUCAUACAGGAAUUCAAAGUGGUUAUUAUCGGGGACAGAUCGAUGAAUUUUAUAUUUAUAGUAGAGAGUUAUCGCAAGUAGAUGUAACAGCUUUGGCGAAUCCGUGA